CAUCGGUCACGACUGACAACGAAACGCCCUUUACACUAUGUAAUAACUGCCAACGUAGAAGUCUGUUGCGUGAGUCAAGUUACUUAGCUAGCGAACUACUUUCCUCGCGGCUGUUUCUGCAAGGGAGGCGAUACAUUGAUGGUUAUGACCAGAUUGUGGAAUGUUCACGUUAAUAGAAGAAAUGCAAUUAUUUGCUUCGGCAUCGUGGGUUUAAUCGUUUACCGCUGCAUCGGCAUUUUCAGCAUGCAGCCGGGUGAGAUGAGCCAGAGCAGGACGGAGGGGCUGAACGCUAACUCCUCCCAGUUCACGCUGGACGGCGUGGCGCUCCGCAUCCUGGGCGGCUCCGCCCACUACUUCCGCAUCCCCAGAGCGCACUGGAAGGACCGCCUCCUGAAGAUGAAGGCCUGCGGACUCAACACUCUCACCACGUAUGUGCCUUGGAACCUGCAUGAGCCCGGGAGAGGAGAGUUCGAUUUCCAGAACCAGUUGGACUUGGAGGCCUACAUCCGCCUGGCUGAGGAGGUGGGGCUUUGGGUGAUUCUGCGUCCGGGACCCUACAUCUGUUCAGAAUGGGACCUGGGAGGGCUGCCCAGCUGGCUUCUGCGUGACAAAGACAUGAAACUGCGGACAACUUACCCAGGAUUCACCGGGGCCGUCAACUCUUUCUUUGAUGAGCUCAUUCCGAGAGUUGCACCUCUGCAGUACAUGAGAGGAGGCCCCAUCAUUGCGGUUCAAGUGGAGAACGAGUACGGCUCUUACGCCAAGGAUGACCGUUACAUGGCCUUCAUCAAAGAGGCUCUGCUCUCCAGGGGCAUCAGGGAACUCCUGAUGACUUCAGACAACCGCGAGGGCUUAAAGGUUGGGGGCUUGGAUGGAGUUCUGAAGACCAUCAACUUUCAGAAGCUCAACCCCAAGGCCAUACAGUACAUGGACACUGUGCAGCCCCAACAACCAAAGCUGGUGAUGGAGUAUUGGUCAGGCUGGUUUGACCUCUGGGGUGACCUUCAUCAUGUCUUCCCUGCAGAAGACAUGGUGGCCGUGGUGAGGGAGAUCCUGAAACAGGGAAUGUCCGUAAACCUGUACAUGUUCCACGGGGGCACCAACUUUGGCUUCAUGAGCGGAGCGCUUGCCCUGACCUCGGUGCUCAGAGCCAUGGUCACCAGCUACGAUUAUGAUGCGCCCUUGUCUGAAGCCGGGGAUUACACCCCGAAAUACCACGGUCUGAGGGAACUGCUGAGUCAUUACCACAGUGACAAGCUUCCUGAGACGCCUGCCCUCCGGUGGCGCAAAGCAUACAAGGCAGUCAACAUGAACCUGCACAUGCCCCUGUGGGAGACCCUGCGAUUUGCAGAGAAGCCUUUAAUAUCGGCCACGCCGGUCAAUAUGGAGAACCUUCCGGUGAACAGCGGCAACGGCCAGUCCUACGGGUACACGCUGUACGAGACCACGGUCACCAGUGGAGGGGCUCUGAACUCCUGGAACAAUGUCCGUGACCGCGCCCUGGUGUUUGUGGACCAAGUUUUCAUCGGGGUUCUAGACUAUAGGACGGUGGAACUUGCAGUGCCUGAUGGGAAGGGAGUGCGGAAGCUGAGCUUCCUGGUGGAGAACUGUGGCAGGGUGAAUUAUGGGAAGGUUCUGGAUGAGCAGCGUAAAGGUUUGGUCGGAGACGUAGCCUUGAAUAAUAUCCCACUUAAAGACUUCACCAUCUACAGCCUGGAUAUGAAUCCAGCUUUUAUCAACAGACUGGGCAGCAUGAUCUGGAGGUCCCGCACAAACGCGCCCAGUUUCCCAGGCUUCUUCCAGGGCUGGCUGCAAGUGACCGGCACUCCCAGCGACACCUUCGUGAAGCUUCUGGGUUGGAGUAAAGGGGUGGUCUUUAUAAACGGGCGGAAUCUUGGACGCUACUGGUCUAUAGGACCCCAGCAAACCCUUUACCUACCGGGACCCUGGCUUCGUAGUGGGAGUAAUCAGGUCAUUGUGUUUGAGGAACAGGAAGCCGCAGCGAAACUGCAGUUCGACGCAAACCCCGACCUGGGAAUGGCUGUCGACGUUUAGUCCGUCCAGGCUGCCGGUGCCGUUUCCGUUAUCCCAGGGACCGCCUCUCCUUCCGUCCGCUGGCGAAGGAUGGCGCCUCUGACGGUCUGCGGACCGCCAUUACCAGCAAACCCGGGGCCUGGCGCGGCCUCUCCCCCAAAGCCAUGUCUACAGCCGGACACAGAACUGCCAUCCCGUGCCGGAAGUGUCCUCCUGCAUGUGCUACGGAUGCACCGUAGUCCUGGAGUCGCGUCAGUUUGCAUUACUGCUAUAAUGAAAUGCAGGGAGACCAGUGUGUUGCAGUCAGCAUUGGCCAAUAAGGCCGAGAGAAUACUGGAUGUUGAUUCCAGGUCGAGGAUGUCCAUACCUCGUGUCCCGAGUGUAAAUAAAGAGUAUUUGAGUAUUUUCAGGAGAGGGUUUCUUCUGAGAUUUUUUUUUUUUUUCUGAAAUGAAAAAAAGGUUCAUUUCAGUAUGUUUGUUGCUUUGUGGUUUGUAUUAAAUCAAGGAGUUUGAGAACACCCGAGGACAAAAAUAUGACAGUUCGCAGCUUUAAUGUAAUUUAUCUAAAAGCAAGAGAUAGCAUUAGCAGCCUACCAAUUACGUUUUAUGUUGAUUUUAUGUACAUAAGCGUUAUCAACUGAAGAUCAGUUUUGUCAGACGAGCUUAUUUCUGCAAUUUUAGCUGUUUUGAGUGCUACUCACAUGACCACUGGCAUACAGUAUUCCUGAAGUAUGUUUUUCAUGAACAUUAAUGCGACACAGGGGGCUCAGGCAAUAAGAGCAGUCGUCUCAUUGGCUCAGGCAGUAAGAGCAGUCGUCUCAUUGGCUCAGGCAGUAAGAGCAGUCGUCUCAUUGGCUCAGGCAGUAAGAGCAGUCGUCUCAUUGGCUCAGGCAGUAAGAGCAGUCGUCUCAUUGGCUCAGGCAGUAAGAGCAGUCGUCUGGCAGUCGGAGGGUUGCUGGUUCGAUCCCCCGCCUGGGCUGUGUCCCUGAGCAAGACACCUAACCCCCAAAUGCUCGGGCGGCAGGGAUAUUGCUUUUGUUCCAGCUGCUGUGUAUUUGUAAUAAAAUUAAUUUGGGGUGGGAUUAAAUUAAAACUUGUUGCACAAGCUGGCAGCUGCAUACAAAAUAUGUUCAUCUGUCGACCUGCAGAGUCUUCUGGCCAGACAACAUUAGAUGCAUAUUGUGUGCCACAUGCAGUAUACAUCGUUUUCGGACCAACUUCAGAGCCAUUGAAGUUAAAACGACUGUUACUGCGAGCCCGUUUUGGACAUUGGAAGCCCUGUGUUAAUAUGUUGUUAUCAGUGCUAUAUGGUCAAGGGUACGGUUUUGUAUAAUUAAAUACAUACAAUUGUAUUUUGAAAAUGACAUGAUGCUUGCCAAUCCAAUAUUUGAAUAACUGUUAUACUGCAAUUUAUUUGGUAGCACCUUACUCAAAGCGUAAAAGCGUGCAUAAACCUCGUCAUGAGAUGAUGUAUAGAUUGUGAAUCGUAGAAUGAUGGACAGUAUGGCAGUGAUGAUGUUCUGCUAUGGCAGUAAUACUUCCCCAAGCUUGUGAUUAAAAAUGUUGAUGCUUUGCAGUCUGUGGUGCUCUGUUGGGAUGUUUUCAUUUUUCCACAAUUAAGUGUUUACGUUAUGCGGAAGAAUUAAUGUGAAAAAAGUUGAAGUAGUAAUUAUCCUCAAUUUAUUUUUUUAACAAUGUUUUUGUUUGUACUUGUUGGUGAGGAAAUUGCAUUGUAAUAUAAAAUUGUCAUUGAAAGGCAAAUAAAGAUGGGAUUUUAACAA